CUGAGAUCCCAGCUAAGCUUAGGCCAUGAAGAUCAUCUAUCUUCUCUUGGGUGUUGCCUUCUUGGUCUCCCAGGCCCAGGCACAGGACGUGGUCGUGGCACAGGAUGAAGCUGAAGCACAAGAUCUAGAUGACAUUGAUGAGGAGGCUCAGGACAAUGCCAUGGAAGCAGAGUACGCUGCUACUAUGGGAUCUCCAGAUGUUAAGCCACAGGAAUAUCCAGUAGUUUGUAGAGUUCUCCUUGGUGUUUGCCGGCCCUUUCGCUGCCUGAGAAAUGAACGUACAAUUGGAUCAUGUUCAUCUAAUCACGCUUGCUGCAAGAGAUACUAAGACAAAGCCUUUCACAUGGAGUUGAAGAAAACCAGGAAGCAAUUCAUCCGUUCUAAAGAGUUAAAAUGGCUAUC